GCUAAAAUUCUAAUUCAGAUUUAUAUUUUUUUUAUUUAACAAACUGCGUUGUUGUCAGAGUAACCAGUAAUAGCAACAGACCAUCGCGGCUAAAUUCGGUGUCUCGAUAUUAUGUGAAGUGAAUUGUUUCCAAACAAGUAAUACAUGGAAAUCUAGUUUAAAUAUAACAUUUCCACACGCUGAUUGAUACACCGAAAUGUCAAUGAAAGAUCAAUUAAAUCGAAUUUUCGUGCUAUUCCUGGACGAUUGCAAAGAGUAUGGCUUGGAAGUCGACACAAAUUUUGCCUAUUUCUUCGUGCAUUUAUUGGCACGCGAUGCGCAACUCGGCCUCAACAAGCAGGAUCCAAAUGCUUGCACUAUUUUGCAACUCAGGCAAAAUGCCAUUGGAUUAUAUAAGAAUCAAAACGAUCCAACGAUGUGCAAUUUAAAAAUGAACUUUUGCUUUAGAAACUUUCGCGAGUUGAAAAUCGAGAAUAUGAAAGAAAUUUACAACGAAAAUUUUCAAAGAAAGUUAAAUAUGCUCGUUAAGGGCAUAUUGCAGUAUCCGGAGACGAGCAGUGACAAGCAGCUCAAUGAAAUGCUUUACAAAAUACAGGUCUUCAUUAUUGCCUGCUACAAUAUUGGUGAUCCGAAAAAUGACGUUCUCUUAAAGCAGACGCAUCAAAGUCUGAAAAGUGUGCUUAGCCAUGGAGAUUUGCAAAAUUUUGUACUGAAGAAACGUUAUCAUCGUUUGGAGUACCUGCAACGUCUGACCGCUACCGUUUGCGGUAUACUAAUCUAUAACAAUUGCGAUCCAAACGGCGAGAAGGAAAACAUGCGAGAUAUCUUAACGGAUAUUCAAAUGGCAAAAACCAACACUAGAGAUUCGCUUGAAGCCGCUCUAAAAGACAUUGCGCACUACAUAGAAACUGGCAUAGAUGUGAUGGCUCAACUUAUAGAGGUGGACACAAAAACGAAGAAGGUGAAUUGCAAAUGGCCCAUAGAGAAAGUGCGUGAAAUCAACAAAUACAUUGCUUUGUUCAGUUCUUAUGAGAAGCUGCUGAAAAAUAUAGUCCAAUCAUUCGAAAAGGCCGAAUAUCUCAUUAGUCUCGAUCGAAAGAAAAUGGAUUGCGUUAUAGAGAAAAUUAAUGAUGUUUUGAAGUAUCGCACUGCUAUCGAAUCGGAAUUGGUGUUCCCCCAUUUCAAAUAUCUCACGGAACUAUGGACCUCCUUACAAUUAUCUCUAAGCUAUUUGGUCGAAUUGAAUAAGCUGAAAGAUUUAUUAGAGGAAUCUUUAACUAAAGAAGUGAAGGCGAAUUUUCUCAAGCUAUUGGAAAUUACCGAAGUGCGACGGCAAGUUAUCAAAAAGACAAUUAAACCCACAUUCGACGAGUUAAUGGAACGCACUAACAAAUCACAUCCCGCAAUGACGUCAUUGCAAAAUGUUUCAGAUAAUUUUGAAAAUUAUUGUGGCCUAACAAUUGCAUUAACCAACGGCUUACUAUUGCCCGCAUUUCUACAGAAAAAACUUUGUGAAGACUCGAAAUUUCGUUUCGGUUUUUCUAAUAUUGAAUUCGCAAAAUAUGCCGAACGUUAUUUUGAAAACUUUAUUCACACAUUAAAAACGGCCAUCUACACUUCAGUGGAUCUGCUAUUGCUUUUCGAUUUGGUUGAUGAAAUUCUGGAGAAGGACUUUGUGGCAGAAAGCCAAACGCGCAAAGGCAAAAUUUCGGAAAGUGGCACCCAAACAGAGAUGGUUGUUGUAAACGACCUUAGACCCUCAAAUCGCAUUAAUAUCACUUGGAACAAAUGGGAUUUUCAUCGUGAAACUAUACAUUUGGCAUACAUCCGUAAGCUGCAGACGCGCUCACAACAGACCGCACUGUCAUUUGGAACAAUGAAUGCACAAAAUGAAUUCCUGCCGUUCGGACAUAGAACAUCGUAGUUCCAUUGGUUCAUA